AUGUCGACGCCAUCCUCGCUCCCGAACGUGCCUGUUAAGCACGCCGAUUUCAUUACUCACGUUGCCUCUAACCCCGAUACAUCCUUGGCCGAGCUACUCGAGCCUUACAAACAGUAUGAUGCCAAGUUGCGAGAAGUAUUCGCCCAAGAACCGACACACCCCGCAUUGGAUGACCCCUACCUCAACAUCGUGCCCGUGUUCAAUGGCAAAGAGGAGCACGUCAAAGUGAGGGCCCGGAACCUCGAUUCAGAAUCUGAUGAAGAGAAGGAGCGAUAUGUCAUGGCCCUCAAACAAUCAGCAAGGCUCCCCAACGGCUCCAACGCAAUCGUGCAGAAUCUCAAGGAAUUCCAGCAGAACUUCUCCCUGUUUUGCGAAUCCUCACUCGUGGACAUGGACUGGAGCAAUGUUGUGGCGGCCGGCUCGUCAGUAGUGACCUGCAUGCUCCCUGUUCCUGAGAAAUAUAAGGCGUCAAAGAGGGCAUUGCGCCAGUACUACCAUGAAACCAUCGCCCCGGCAUCGGAUAUCGAUCUGUUCAUCUAUGGUCUCAGCGAAGAGGCUGCCACCAACAAGAUCAUUGAGAUUGAGCAGCGUAUCAAAGACAGCAUCCUUGUAGAGACCACCACAAUCCGCACUAAGAACGCCAUCACGAUUGCAAGCCAAUAUCCUACCAGACACAUCCAGAUUGUUUUGAGAAUAUACAAGUCUGUCGCCGAAAUCUUGACUGGUUUCGAUGUCGAUUGCUCCUGUGCGGCAUACGAUGGAAAGCAAGUGUAUGCCGCGCCUCGUGCGUUAACCGCGUACAUGUCCCAGGUCAAUACUAUUGAUCUUACGCGCCGAUCGCCUUCUUAUGAGAACCGGCUCUCCAAGUAUUCUCAUCGUGGCUUCGAAGUCUACUGGCCUUUGCUGGAGCGUUCGAGAGUUGAUCCUACAAUCUUUGAGAGGAACUUCGGAAGGACUGUGGGAUUAGCCAGACUGCUGGUCCUCGAACGACUGCCCAGCAAGUCUGAACGCGAGUCCUACAUGGACGAGAGACGCGAGGAGCGUGGAAGACCUGCGAUCAAUCGGGGCUGGGACCGCUCUACGGGCGACAACAUCAAAGACCGCUACGAAGAUGAGGUUGCCGAAUGGGUUGAUCAAGAAGACGUUAGCGAUUAUCAUACCUUUACCAUCCCAUAUGGCCCAAAAUACCACGCCAAGAAAAUUGAAAAGCUUCUCUACACCAAAGACUUGUUGCUGAAUGCAGAAUGGAAUAAGAAAGGCGACCGCGAGGUUAAUCUGCAUAGACACCCCGCUUUCUUUGGCUUCGCAGAAGACGUGAUUCACGACUGCUGUGGAUUUUGUCCUGAACCAACCACACCAGAGGAGCAUGAUGUUGCCGAAGAAGAGGCUAAGAUAUACGUGUCUGGAAAGAUCUCUUUCAUCAAAGACGACCCAGGCAGGCAGGCAAUCGGAUCUUUCCACCCAAUCACCGAUGAUGAUUGGACCGAGAUGGCAUAUGUUGGCAAUACCGCUCGCCUUUGCCAGGCCAUUAUUGAUCAGGAUCUGGAGCAUGUUCAGGACUGGCUCGCUCAGGAAGGCGCAGAUCCCAACACUCGGGACUACACUGGAAGGACCCCACUUCAUCUUGCCGUCAACUCUUCGAGCCCUGCCAUUGUGAAGGCUCUCAUCGAUGCUGGUGCUCGACUGGUGGCCCGUCUUGCUGAUGGACGUACGGCUCUACAUCUCGCAGCUGCACGUGGCAAUGCCGAAAUGAUCAGCAUGAUCAUGCGCAAGAGCGAGGAGAACGAAGAGGAAGAAUCAAAGAAAGAAGAAGUACGGAAGCAAGCGCGCAUUGCUGCUCGUGAGGAGAAAAGGGAGUCGAAAGAGGACGUGAAUGGCCAGCGGAAGAAUGACUCCGACGGCGAAGACAUUGAAAUGGUUGAAGACGACGAAGGAGACGACUCUGAUGUUGAGAUGCGUUCUGCUACAACCGGCUCGUUCGUCGACCUGAAGGAAAAGGAAAAGGGCAGCGACGAGAAGAAGAACGAAAACAUGGUCCUUGACGACGAUGAGGAUGAGCCAGACGUAUAUGACGUCAAUGUGUUGUCCUGGGAUUGGAAGGCAUCACCAUUACAUCUUGCCAUUUUGGGUGGCCAUAGCGCUGCGGUGAAAGAGCUAGUCCAAAACUUCGGUGCUGAUGUGCUUCUACCGAUCAAACUCUACCACAGCUAUGACAAGUCCCCUCGCGCUGCAAUAUUGACUCUUGUUCUUGUGCUUGAUCUACCCUUGGAGCAAGCUAAAGAGAUGGCCAAAACACUGCUUGAGAUCGGAGCAUCAUCAGCGCAAGCCGAUAUGAAUCAAACGACAGCUUUCCACUACAUCGCCACCAUUCAGCCGGACCUUAUCGAAACGAUCUUCAGCAUUGAUGAGCCGGCAGCAAAGCGAGCAUUGAACCAUCUUGCUGUACAUGGAUCAGAAUGGUCUCCAAACACAGAGAGCCCUUUGAUGAGUGCCAUCAAACAGGGGAAUGCGUUGGCAGCACUAAAAUUGCUAGAAGCUGGAGCUCAACCCGGCAUAGAGUUCAAGACUUGGCUCAAGUCUGUGGAGAGAAAGUUCGAGGGCAUUAAGAAUAAUGACACCAAGGAUAACCGCGAAAAGUUUGAAAAACAGGUCCAGCAGCCGGUGUUCAGUGCAGUCGAGUCAGAACUGCCCGACAUUGUUCUUCAACUUCUAUUCCGCGGCAUCGAUCCAAACACUAUCACGAAAGAGACCCAGGAGAUCCUUAGAGAUGAUUGGUACGCUCGAUACAAUAUUCCACAGACACUUCUUGACGUUGUGCGGAAGAAAAUUCAAGAUCUAAAGGCAUGGAAGGACGACGAGCCUCCUAAGGAGCCAACAUACAACGUUAAGGAAGGCCACAACUACCUAGAGUUUUUCGAGCCAGGAACCUACAGGGGAUUUAUUGGCAAAAUUCAGCUGGAGGCUGCGCAAGAAGAAGACAGAAUCUCGAAGGAAAGCUAUGAGAAACGCCUAGCGGUCUACAGAGAUCGCGAAGGCGUCACUGAAAAGAAGGAGGCAAUUGAGCGACUCACGUCAGACUUUGAAAAAGUUGAGAAGCAUCUACUGGAAGCAGGUGCGAAGACAUUCGAUGAGCUUUAUCCCGACAAGGUCAAAAAGAAGGAAGACAAGGACGACAAUAGCUCCUUUGAUUAUGAGCGCCGCACAUUCCCUUGGGACAUAUCGAUAUACUUCAAAGGCCACGAUCACGACGACGAGGACACGCAAGGUUACGAAGAAUUGUUCCAGGCAGCUUGGGAAGGAAAUCUUGAAAAGAUUAAAUCCCUCACUUUGACGCCUUGGGGCCCUAAUGGCGACAGGAAACCUCUGAAGAUGGCUAUAACCGACCGUGACGACUUCUCGCCAUUUAGCCUUGCUAUUCUCCAAGGUCACUUAGACGUUGCCAAAGCCAUUCUGGAAAUCUGCUUUGUUCAGUAUGAUCCAGAGACAGAAGAAGAAAAGGCCGUGUACCGCAUGGGACGACGUGCUGAUGAAGUCGAUAGUGACGAGGAAGAUUCAGAUGAAGAUAUGAGUGACGUGCCAGUGGAUCGUGAGAUCAUUGAUGAAAAGUUCACCGUGGAAGACAUCGGAGAGGUUUCAACGCAGGUGAAAUCGAAAACAAGCCCACUCGAGUAUCUGAAUUGGUCAUUCCCCGCAUGGGAUUACGCCAAGUCCUGCACUCCAGCGAGGAAAUUCGUGUAUGGAACCGAGAACGAAAUCAUCGAUGGCUCGGGCUCAGAGCAGUUGAUCGACUGGGCCCUAAUCACCAAUGACUUUCAACUGUACAAUUUUCUGAUGGACACCCUCAAAGAAUGGACGAAGCGUUUAGACGAUAAAGAAGAGGAUGCCUCCACGAUUCCAGCCUUUUCUGAGUCUGACUUUAUCCGGGCGAUCCAAUAUGGCAGAACCGACAUGCUUGCUGAAAUGAUAAAGCAAACUGGCGCUGGUAUGGAGCUUGCAUCGCUUGUGAAGAAGAGUGGUGUUGAAUUCAAAGAAAGGCCAAAGUUUUAUCAAGGUCUUAGUGUUCAUGGAUCAAAGCGAGAAGAUUGGGUCAGUGCUGCUCGUGGUAUCUCUGAAAGACCAGUUUCGGACACCAGUGCUCCUCUUCUGCAAGCAGCUCACCAAGGAAGCCUGGCUAGCGUAGAAUGGUUUUCCAGUGCCACGCCUGCAAGACUGUAUAUGGAGUUCGCCGAGACGUAUAAGGAUCACAAGCUCAUCAAGCAUCUCAAUACAACUGCUGGAGGGUUUGAGAAGGUGCUUCAUAAGUGGUUGGAUGCUCGCAAUGAUCUCCAACUGCAUUGUGCGGUCAUUGCUCCCGAGAGUGCGGAGGUUUCGAAGCUUAUCAAACAUUUGAUUAAGACCCUGCCUGAGUUGCUAGAACUGAAGUCUCGCAGUGGUUACACUCCUCUUUCGGUCGCUUUCUCAGAAAUGCAUUACGAGGCGGCAAAAAUCCUGAUCGACGCAGGUGCGGAUCAAACGACUCGGGAUCGUGACGGGGACAACAUUCUGCACCUACUGCUCGGUAACAGCUUCCACGGUGAUGAGGCGCCAGAGAACCUUCAGAAGUUCUUAGAUCUCAUCGACAAACGCCUUGUGGCCUCUCUUCUCACGGAGCGCUCUGCUAAAGGCUCGUCACAGACGCCUCUGGCGUGGUGGUUAUCUCACGGUUGGAAUAAGCGUGACGAUAUCUUGAGGAAGAUUCUGGACUUUGCUUUGCCAACCAAUAAUGAACAUCUCGAGUUAUUGGACGGAUCCGGUGAGACUCCCCUCCAUUGGGCUGUGAACCGCCGAGAGGAAGUCCUACUCAAGACCAUGCUGGAAUACCGCCCUGAUCUUCUCUUCCGCGAGAAUUCUGUUGGAAGAACACCUUACGAGGUAGCCGAGGACGCAUACAUUGCUCGAUGUGUUGAUGGAACGCCUGAAGUGAUCACGCCGUUUUCGCCAACCAUACUGACGGAGCAGCCUCUGGAGCAUUUCCGCAAUCAGAACAAACAAACCAGCCGUAGGGAUAAAGAUGAUAGGGAGCGCAUAUGGAGUAUCUGCAAAGAGGCAACGAUAGGUAGUCCAAGCAAGAGGAGGCUGGUCAGUUUGCUUGAUGCGAAUGAAGUUGCCAAACGAUUGGCAAAUAGAAAGACCGAUCGCUCUACCAGCGAGGACGGUGACAAUGCGUCGGAUUCUGGAAAGAGAGAUGAGGUGGAUCAAUGGAUAUGA